AUGUUUCUACGCAGGUCCGCCCACUUUUUACACGACUUCAAGUCGGAAAAGCUCACUAUGCGACUGGGACGGUUUUUUGCACUUAUUUUCGUAUCGGUAACAAUUUUCAUCGUGAUUAUAUCAGAUGAAUGGAAACAAAUGUCGUUUAAUGAACAACUAUGUAGUCGAAUUAUCAAUGAGCCACUGAGUGUAUCUCCAAAAGAAGUCGAACAGGUGAAUGCUCAAUUAUCUUUUGAAAGUCAACGUCUAAUGGAAACAAAUUACCAUCAAAUGGACUGUUCAAUAUUUGUUCGUUCAUUUUACACAAAAAGAGUUACUCAAGUAGAAUUAGAUUUUCCUCUAGCAUUCACGAUUCUCGUGUUUAAAAAUUUAUAUCAGUUUCAAGUGUUAUUACGCAUGAUUUACCGACAACAUAAUUUUUAUUGUAUUCAUACUGAUUUACAUGCACCACAACAUCUGGUUGAUUAUUCGGAAAAAGCCAGUAAAUGUUUAAAAAAUGUCUAUUUGUCACCAAGAAGAAUCAGUGUCAAAUGGUCAGCAUAUUCAACAUUAGAAGCCGAACGUCUGUGUCAAGUCUUUUUACUUCAAAGCACAGCUGGUACAGAAUUACCCAUACAUACCAACUACGAACUUGUUCUCGUUUUAAAACUAUUAAACGGAAGCAACGAUGUGUCAUCUCGAUUAAAUUUGAAUCCCGAACGACAUUUACGUCAAUCCUUUGAUCCAAUUCCGGGUAAUUUAACGUUGAAAAAAGGUGAAUUUCAUGUCACAUUAUCUCGAGCAUUUGUUGAGUAUGUUCAUAACAGUACAUUAGCUCAAAAACUUGAACAGUGGUUAUCUAAAACAAAAUUUUCCGAUGAACACUUUUACAGUACACUAAAUCGUCUACCAGCAUUUCCCGGUUCAUCGACUAUAGAUUAUUGGCGCGAUCAGUUUUUGUCUCGAUAUAAACAAUGGUAUCCAACAGAAAAUUGUAAAUCAAAUAUUUAUUCCGAACUUGUAUGCCAAUUGAAUUGGAAAGAUUUGACAAAUAUUGUUAAAAGUAAACGUUUAUUUGUUAAUAAAUUCAAUCAACAACAUGAUUUUCUUAGUAUUGAUUGUAUGGAAAAAUGGUUAAAGUUUAAAAUAAAUAACCCAAGAGCGAUUAAUCAAAAUGAUUAUGUACACUAUCCACCGAUACGAAAAUCAAUAAAAGCCCAAGCUAAACCUAAAUCAUUUUAA